CCCGCAGCCUUGGCAUUGCCUGUGGGGAACCAGAAGGGCCCAAGGAGCCUUGGUGAGAAACGUCGGGGACCCCACCCUGGCCACUCCCACCCAGUGCAGGUCAGAAGGGCAGACUCACGCUGGAGUUGAGACAGCUAAUGCAGGAACGGACUCCAUUGUGGCCCCUUUGAGGGAUAAGGCAAGAGAAAUUAGUGUUGGGGGGCAGCACCCUGUGCCCCAACUGAAGGCCGGCUUCCCCACCCCAACCCUGAGCAGAGGGACCUCACCUGGCGCUGCCACCCAGCUUCAGAGCCAGCCUCCCCAGGGGCUUGUCCAGCUCGUCGUGCACCAGGGUCCAGACCCCACCCUCAACGUCAACCAGCCCGCAGCCAAUCACAUCGUCAUCUGCUCUGGGUGUCCAAUCCGGGCCGCGCCUCGUGGCCGCCAUGUUUACAAAAGGCGGAAGUGGUGAGGCGGUGGCCGCGCAUUCAGUCGCACAGUGUCACCGUAUCCCAGUGGGGUUUAUGUGACAUUCUCGGAGAUCUUGCUUAAUCGUCUGCUUGAGAGGUAGGAACCUCGUUAUGCCGCCGCUAUGGCCCUUCCUCGCUGCAGAACCCAUCCACUUCGUUCACUGCCAUAGAUCUUAACUUGACCUGCUGUUAACUUUUCUAACAGCCUUGGGAUCCUGGGGGCGUGGCCAAGGAACAGAACCUGUAGGCGUCCUAGAGCUGUUGCCUAGUAACGCCAGAAGCUUAGGUUGGUAGGCAGGCAGGGGUCCGGGAAGGAGUUGGCCCUGGCUCAGAGAUCCUCCUGCUACAGACCUCAUGACAGACUCCCGCGAGGCGCAGGCUGAGGAGGCGAAAGCCAAGGUAGAAGGCAGGGAUGACCUGGAGCUUGGCCAGACAUCCUCAUACAGCACCCCAAAGCCAUGGGUGAUUCCAGUCCCGAGGGGAACCCUGCAUUCCAUCUUUGGGACCAGCCAGGUGUUCCGGGGCAUAGAUGAUGUAAAGCCGAAGGUCACAGGGUUAACGGUGCCUCUCAAAGUCAGGGAGUACUACCACCGAGGCCAGGGAUGCCUGGAGCAGGAGGACUGGGAGACAGCCGUGCUCUUCUUCUCCCGCGCCCUCCACCUCGACCCACAGAUGGUAGACUUCUAUGCCUUACGGGCGGAGGCCUUGAUCCAGCUUUGUGACUUCUCCUCGGCUGCCCAGAACCUGCGCAGGGCCUACUUGGCCCAGCCGGAGAACAGGAAGCACCUGGAGCGGCUCACCUUCGUGCUUUACCUGCAGGGCCAGUGCCUCUAUGAGCAGUGCAACUUCGAGGAUGCCCUGAUGGUCUUCUCGCAGGCGUUGGAGCUCCAGCCAGAGAAGCACUGCUUCUGGUACCGAAGCAUGGCCUGCCUCUUGGCCCUCCAGCGGCAUCACGACUGCCUGGUACUCAUCACCAAGCAGCUGAAGCAAGGCACGACCAACGCCGACCUCUACAUCCUCCGUGCCAGGAUCUACAACCUCUUCCAGAUGCCCAACUUCUGCUAUCGGGACCUGUGCAGUGCCUUGCUUUUGGAUCCCAAGCACCCACAGGCCAGGGUGCUGCUCCAGAUGAUGGUGGACCAGGCCCAGGAGGCCCGCCGGGACGCUGGGAUCCUGGCCAUACAGGGCAGGCUACAGCACACCUUGCAACGCAUCAACUGUGCCAUUGACAACAGCCCUCUGGACCCCAGUCUCUUCCUCUUCCGGGGCAUCGUGUACCGCCGGCUGCAGGAGUUUGACGCAGCGGUGGAGGACUUCCUGAAGAUCCUGGACAUGGCCACCGACAGCCAAUGUGACACGGUGCGACAGGCGCAGCGCCAGCUGCUGCUGACGUACAACGACUUCGCGGUGCACUGCUACAAACAGGGCUCCUACCAGGAGGGCGUGCUGCUGCUCAACAAGGCGCUGCGGGGCGAGCAACGCGAGAAGGGGCUCUACAUCAACCGCGGCGAUUGCUUCUUCCAGCUGGGCAACCUGACCUUUGCCGAGGCAGACUACAACCAGGCCCUGGCCCUGAGCCCGCAGGACCAGGGCGCCAACACUCGAAUGAGCGUCCUGCAGGAGAUGAUGGGCUUGGGCGAGCAGAAGUGCCGGCAGUUCCAGCGGGCUGAGGACCACUUCUCAGCAGCCAUUCAGCACAAUCCCCUGAGGGCCCAGUGCUACCUGUACCGGGCCAGGAACCGCCAGAUCCUACAGGACAUUUUUGGUGCCCGCCAGGAUGUUGCCACAGUGCUGCUCCUGAACCCCAAGCAACCAAAGCACCGAGAGGAGCCAUCUAGGACUCUGCAAGGCAGAGCACCAGCCUUCUGCCACCUGCUUCGGCCCACAUCUGGCUCUGGCCCCCCUCUUUCCUGGCAGCUCUCCCUGCUGCUGACCAAACUCUUUCCGGGCAUGUCAGUGGAGGAGGUGCUUAGCAGCCAGGUGGGCCAGCUGGCCAAGCUGCAGCUGGAGCGGAUGGUGGAGAGAGGCCUGCAGGCCAAGAGCCCACAAGGCAUCGUGGGGGUUCGGGAUCUCGAGUGCCAGAAGGCCCAGGCCCUGAAGCUCUCUUGGAAGCUCAAAUGGCCUUUGUCUGAGACCCCCAAAGAGCCAGAGCUCACCUCCCAGAUGCUGCAGGUAUCCCUGGAAGACUCAGGGGAAGACACUGAGGCCCUCAAGGGGAAGAAAGCAGGGAGAGAGAAAGAGGACAAACUGAAGCUCAACCUUCACAAAGUGACGUCCACAUCCGACAGCGACCUCGACCAGACCUCCUCGGGCUCCGUCCUUGGCUGUAAGUCCCUGGUGUCCUUCAGGACGGCGUCCACCUCAGGGACAGAGAUGUCCACGCCAUCCCAGGAGUACAGGAGCACCUCCACCACCCCUGGGAUGGUCUCCGACUCCUCGCUGCCCAAGUCUCAGUCCUCAGACUCCAGGAAUGAGAGGGAGGCCCAAAGCCUGAAGCAUCGGCCCAGAAAACCCCAGGCUUCUCAGGCUCAGAUGCAGAGCUCGCCCAAGACCACCCAGAGCCAGGGCUCCAGCGAAACCAAGGCUGCCAAGAGUCAGAGGCAGAGGCCCAGCAAGAUCAAGGCCACCCAGAGCCCCAGGCAGAGAUUCAGAAAGGCUAAGGCUACCCACGGCCAGAACUGGGGACAAGUCCAGGGUUCCAGCAGGACUAAGUCCAAGGGUUUCCAUGACCCAAGUGGGAGCCUCAACAAUACCAAGGCCAACCAGGGCCAGAGCUGGAUGCCCAAUGAGACUGAGGCUGCCCUGAACCCAGAAAAGGGCACGAGCUCAAGUUCCAACAAAACUGAUGCCACAAAGGGCCUGGGCCAGAACAUCAGCAAGUCCAAGGCUGGUCAGGGCCCUGACCAUCAUGCUGUGCUCUGAAUGUCCGAGUAAGGCCCCUACAUCUUACAGGUCCCCCACACCGGCACACAAAAUGUUGCCCCCUUCUAGGACAACAAGAAGCCCAGCCAACGUUCCUGUGGUCCCAUGGCUAAGUUUAUUAUACUCGUUCAUUUACAAAAUUAAAAACUUCUAAGUCCA